CGCACUCCGUCGCCCCGAAGGGCUGGGAAAGUGGGCGGCUGGCGCGGUCGGGGAGUAGGUGGCGCGCGGCCCUCCCCGCGGCCCAGGAGGGCGCCCUCGGAGGAUCCCUCGGAGGCUGUCGCGUGCUCUGCCAGGCCCUGCGCCUCAGCGCUGAGCGGAGAGCGGGAAGGGCCGUCGCCGCUCCAGGCCACGGGUCGGGCUCUUCAGCGCCUCUACCUGGCGCCUGAGCGGCGGGCCCUGAGCUGGGCCGGACGCGCCUCGGAAGCUUGAGCGGAGCCGGGCCACGGAACGGGCCGUGAGCGCCGUCUGGGGAGGUUGGGAAGACGUGCGUGCAGACGCGAUGCUGGUGGGCGCAGAAAGGCUGUGGAACCUCUUGGGUGUGACACUGUGUUUGUAAAAGGGGACCCAGCUGACCUCGAAAGGGCCCUGUGUCAGGGGACCCCGAGUGUCCAGAGCCAAGGACCACGCCGGGCUCCACGAUUUGCUAGGAGGACUCACAAGACCAGCGGACACUUGGACUCAGGUUAGGGACCUAAAUCUGGCCGCUCAGCACAUCACAGGUCAAUCAACAGACAGGAAGGUGGGUCUGUUUGAGAAGCUGACUGCCCGAAGUCCCUCUUGCCAGGAGGCCGGUUUAGGGGUGGUUUAGUGGGAGCAGAAGCAGAGAAUCUAGUUUCACCUCAAACUCCAGUUUCAUCUCUGUGUUGCCCAGACUGGCCUGGAACUUGGAAUCCUCCUGCCCCAGCUUCCUGAGUCACUCAGAUUCCAGGUUGAACCACUGCACCUGGCUUCUGCACUAUUUUUGAAAAUUAUUUCAGAAUAAAAGAUUUUGAAGAUUCUAAAAAGGAGAUAAUCUGACAAGAAUUUGAUUAAGGCAAUAAUUUUACAAAUUCAUAGACUCUACAUUUUGCUAUCAGCUCCCAUAGGCAGGGAUUUUUGUUUGUUUCCUGCAACCAGAACACUGCCUCACUGAUGAGUGUGUAAAAAAGCUGCCUGCUGGGUCUCAGCAAGCACAGAAGGGUGCACACUGUCCCACAAAUAAUCAACUCCAACGUCUGGUCUCCCUGCAACAUCAGGUGACCCACGUCCUGCCCUGAGGUUGUCCUGUUGUCCUCUAGAGUGUCAACACUCCACGAUCGGGGGCCCUGUGGUUUCCUAAGCCUUGGUCUUUCAACUCCAGGCUCAACUUGAUGAAGACAUGCCAGUCCAGUCAGGUCCUUGAGGACGAACAGUGCAAGUUGACUCCUAGUGCCAGCGCCAGUCAACCUCUCACCAACUUCAUUUCCAAAGUGAGGUCACACUUGCGGGUCCUGUGUGGAUUUGACUUUUGGCGAACACCAUCUAGUCCACUCCAGGUGUGGGAAAGGAAGACAGACCACGCCCACUGCACUCAGGAAGGCCCACUGUGUGCCCAGGAGUUCAGGCGCGCCUUCACGGAACCUAGAAACCCUCUGCAAGGGAGGUGCCAUGCUGACCCUCUGGCAGAUGGACACAGAAGCUUCCAGUUCUACAGGCAUCUAUCCGAACCCCUGGAGUCUCCAGGGGAAGGGCCCAGGAACCCGCAUGGCACUUGCACCCGCACGCUGUCCUCGUGUAGGUGUCAAGUACUUUCCAGGCCCUGCUCUGUGGCAGACGUGGAGGUGGGAGCAGACAUCACUCCCUCCUACCAACACAGGGCAGCUGGCUCCCUGGCAGAACCGGGGAAUCUCCAAAAGCGCCCAGGGAGACACGGAGACAGAGGUGGUCAGGACAAGAACAGCAGGUGUGCCCCCAAAGUGGGGUCCCAGCGAAGGCUUCUAAGCUCAGCAAACUCUGCUACCACUAGGAAGUAGGAGUGGCCUCUGUGUUGCCCUUGACUUACCCUCAUCUUUGUGAGCUCCCCGUCCUUUCAGAGAUGGCCGGCUUAGAGGGGCCCAUCUCAGAGGCAAAGCCACCACCUGCCCCACGUGGGUGUCCCAGAGCAGCAGGCUUAGGGUGGAC